GGCGACGGCGGCUGACCGGCCGCCGACCGCUGCAGGCGAGUCGAGUCGCGCACGAUCUGGGCGCCGUCCUUGGACGUCCAUCCGGCCGCCCGCUCACCUGAUUGGACGGUCAGGAGGAAAAACAUGCUAAAUUAUGGCUCGUAGUUUUGUUUCACGUCCGCAGAGUGACUUUCUCUUACAAAAAGUCGCAAAUGUGUUCCACAGCAAUCGGAACAUCGAACAGGGCGCGACCCCGGACGCCAAAGCUGCGCCAGGAUGAGCAGGGCGUUACAGCGUGCGUGGACGGCAGCAGCCUGCGUGCUGCUGUCGGCACUGCCUGGCCGCCGCCGGCCCGGCUGACUCCGACAUGUCGGAUAUCUUGAAGGAGGUGGACUCAGCCCUGCAGAACGUCAAGACUCACGUCGCCCGCUUCGACGGCUGUGGACACGACCAGGUGGGCGCCGAAUGCGAGUCGGUGACGGCUCUGAACGGCUACGCCAGACGUCAGCCGGACGAGGGGCUGUUGCAGCGGAACCUCAACGCGGACGAGAGGCAAGCUCUGGCCAGUCGCGGUCAGCUGCUCUUCAACGGCGCACAGGUGGCGCCUCGAACGCCCGCCGGCUCAGAGCACACUGGCCACCACUUCGAGGACGCCUCUGGUCAUUCGCAUGCUGCAGUCCCUGGGAGAAAAAUACAUCCAUUUGGUAUCAGGCCGACAGGAGCACCACCAAGAGCGUCCUCAGGCCCUUGUCGAACGCGGAAUGGCAAAUAUCCGCAUCCGCAAAAUCCUCAGAGGUACUACAGCUGCAAUGGAGGAAUGUUCGUCAUCAAAAGCUGUGACACUGACUACGUCUUUGAUGAAAAGCAUCAGUACUGCGUCCAGCGACCCCAAAGGCGCCCGUCCCAGGAGGCACCUGCCAACAGUACCACACCAGCCGCGCGCGGUCUUACCGGCUUCUCCUUCACCGCGCCCAGCUCAGCAGGUCCAGACGGGUCGCAACUGGGCGCAUCCCAACCGCAGGGAAACGCGGGAAGGUUCGGGGGACAUGCCCUCGCUCCGACCAGGUCCAGCCAUUCAGGAUCGAAGGCAAGCAGCGCCAAAAAGCUUGUGCGUCACCUGCUCAAUAGUAAAAGGAAGCAUAAGAGGAAGAAACAACAUGACACAUCUGCUGCGAAGAGCCGCCGCAAAAAAUUCAAGUGGCUGCUUAUUCAAAUUUUGAAGCGAGCUGUCCUUGAUCAACUAGGCAGCUGGCGCUGCUCAGACACACCGACUGGGCGAAUGUGGGAGAUGGGCCACAGCACUGUCGAGCAGUGCUGGUCUGAGGCACUCCAGCGCAAGGUUCACUACCUCCUGCUGGGAGCCAACGGCUGUCAGUUCUGGAAUUCUGUGACGAACUUAACCUCCCGCAAGUGCGGCGCCAAGGCCUACCACGUCAUCAGCGUCAAGUUCUACCGGAAUGACCUGCAGCAUCUGAACCGCGAGAUGCAGAUGUGGGUAUCAGCCCGACCCGCUGCCGGCGUCGUCUGGGGAACCGUGUCCACCGUGCCGUACAAACCCACCUCUAUCCGCGGCUGCUGCACGCUCUGCCACAAGUUCGGCCAGGACUUCGCCAGGAUCGAUCGGCGCGGCUGCCGCUGCGGCAUGGCCACCAACCGGUCAGCCGCGAUCCGCCAGGAGGACCUGGACUACCUGAGCAACAAGCGGGUCGCACUCGACCCUGGCUUUACGGUACAGCUGCACGCGCACCGGCUCGGUGGCUGGGAGUGCACGGCGGCGCCGAGCAGCUUCGUGCCGGUUUCGGGCGCGCAGAGCCUGCAGGAGGCGCUGGAAGCCUGCCAGCGGCGCCGCUUCCGUUUCCUAGCGCCCGCCAAGGACAAUUUCUACUGCGGGAAUAACACUGAUCACCUGGAACGAUUCUCCCGGACUCAGUGUCAAAUGAACAUCACCACAACACGGUCAUACUCCAUCAUCAGCAUCAACGUCAUCCAAAGACAGAUCCAGUACGUCGAGGAAUACGUCAACAACUACGUCUUCUGGUGGGUGGCCGAGAAGGCGCCGGUCGUCUUCUGGACCUCGCUGCUGGACGUCUCUGAGCUGGAGCAGUGCGUCCUCGGUUGCAACAAGCGUUUUGUCGCGAUGGGCCAAGACGGCUGCUCGUGCGGCAGUCUGCGCCGCAACCACACCGAGAUUCACGUGCAGGAGUGGAUGGCGAAGCAGGCGUCUCGGACGGGCACCCCGGACAGGGGCUACCUGCUGCUCGACAAGGAGGGCUCCGUCAACGUUCCCGAAGGGUGGCAGUGCACCACUGAGCCCAGCCAGUGGAAACGGCACCCUCACCGUCGCUUUUCCGAAUGCAUCGAAGCCUGCCACAAGGCCAAAAAUGCUUUCGUAGCAUUUGGAAGGAGCGGCUGUCGCUGCGGCGAUCGUGGUGGGGGCCUGCGCCGCCUGCCGAUGGCUCGCUGCCAGGCGCAGCUGGUCAGCGACGACGCCUACUCAGUGCUCUCCGUGCCCGUAUGGCGGCAGAACUACGCCAAAAUCUCCGCUAGAGCUGGCCUGAAGGCGCACUGGGUCUCCCACAAGCCCCACGGAGCGGCGUGGGAGGCGCAGCCGGGCGCGACAGUGCUGGACCAGUGUAUCAUCGCGUGCAACGACAGAAAAGGGGUCCGGGCCAUCAUGCUAGGCGUGGACGGCUGCGAGUGCGGCCUGGCUUCGUCGUCUGUCUACGUGGAUUCGAUGGACUGGACGCUGGCGUCGCCACACGCACGUGGCUUCUUCCUCGUCGAGAGCUCCACCGCAUCGGCAGGAUAUGCUGCCCAGGAAUUCGAAUGGGCCAUCAUGGCCAAUGACACUAUGGUUAAGCACAACAUAUCAGUCAGCGUGCAGCCUACCUGGAUCAGACUGAACGGCACGAGCGAGGAGGUCCUACGACGCCGACUGCUGCGGAGAGGCAGCCGGGUCACCGUGUCCGACGAGCGCGUUAAGCGCACCAGAGGUCCCGAUGGUCACAACGUUACUGUGUUCAGGGAAAACGGCUACGACGACAGGAGCAACGCCCAGCUGAUCGAAUCGCGGAGGGUCAACAGCACCCGAAAUGGAGCAACGAAGAACGAAGAGAUAAUCGGAACAAAUGCCACUUUGGACAGCAAAGUCAUCAACGAGAGACAAAGAGAGAAAGUCAACAACACAGAAAGGCACUUCAUCAGCGCUCAAGCGAACGCCAUCAUCGUGGCCUCACAAACGGAUAAACGAGUGGACAUGGAGUCAGAAACGGUGGACAAGGUCGCGAAGAAAGGCUACCGGAGGCAUUUCGUGAAAGGAAUCCGGAGAGCUCACAACACCGAGCAGUUCAUCCACAACAAGAAUGAGCAUCUAGUCCGAGGGACGACCGCUUUCUCUGACAUCGUUCAGAAAGAUGUCGCUGUGAACCAGACCCACGCCGACUCCUCAGGAAUGGCUGCGCUGACAAAGCGAACCAACAUGAAACAGAACAUGGUCGGCGCCAAGAGCAAAGGAUUCGCAUUUGGCUUUCAGAUUCACAUCGGCGGUGCCUGCUACUCCGGGUCUGCCAACAAGACCAAUGGAUGGGGCACGCACGUCAAUAGCUCGGAUGCAGAGGUGGCCAAGACUGUGAACCGUUGGCACAAGAAGAACGGCACCAUCACUACCGACUGGAAGUCCCACUUAGCCGCAGGACCUAUCAAGAACCAGUUCCGCCUUCGCCUGCACGUGAAGAAGCUGCACAACUUCACGGAGAGCCUGAACCUGACGACGCGGCAGGAUGCGGUCAUGGUCCACAGUGCGCGGGGCGUGCCGUUCCGGCCGCCAAAGAGGCCCAUCUUCCACUGA